AUAACGGCGGCGCGUGCUGCAGCGUCCGAGCGUCAAACCAGAGACAGUGAACCGGAGCCAGUUACCGGAGCCGGUGAACCGGAGCGGCGGGAUGCAGAAAGGUCUGAAGAAGUAUUUCGUGAACAUGGACGAGUUCCUGUCCAGCCUCGGUCUGUACCGGAAGAUGGUGGCACGGGACGCGUCCAGUCUGUUCAGAGCCGUGUCCGAGCAGUUGUAUUACUCUCAGAACUAUCAUCAGAAGAUUCGUCAGGAAUGUGCGAACUUCAUGAGAGCCAACACCUUCAUCUUUGAGCCGUUCGUUGAAGGAUCGUUUGAGAAAUAUUUGGAGCGUUUGGAAGAUCCCAAGGAGACAGUGGGUCAGGUGGAGAUCAAAGCUCUAUCUCGACUCUACAGGCGCUGCUUCCUGAUUUACCGUUACCCGGGGAAACCGCCGACUGUGAUCUCGGAGGAAGACUUCAUCGACAAGGUAACGCUGUGUUGCUCCAUCAAUGGUCACUAUGACAUCGUCUAUCCGAGGAGUUACCCCGCCUCCGCUGCCAUCUGUCAGUCGCUGGUGUACGAGCUGCUCUACACUCAGGUGUUCGGCUGUGAGGAGGCGGAGCUCUGCCAGGCGAUGGACGCAUUCAGGGUCGGAGUUCGUCGCUAUAGAAACAGCCCGUCGAUGUGUAGUGAUGUCGACAUCGGAUACGACACACCUGAGGACCGAAGCCACAGGGAGGAGUCAGAGUUUGGAGCUGCUGACGAGAAACACCGAAACGUGACAGAUGAUGGAAAGGUGUGUCCGGCUGAAGCCCCGCCCCCCUGCAGACUGACUCUACCGUAUAAAGUGAUGAAGUCUCUGGACGGAGACGUUUACCGAAACGUGGAGUUCGAUGUUUGGCAAGACACCUGCAAAGAGAUGCAGAAGACGGACUACAUGGUGUUUGCAGGGCGGCAGUACUUCCUGGGAGACAAGUGUCAGGUGCGUCUGGAGCCGAAGGGGAAGUACUACAACGCCUUCAUCCAGGAAGUAGGAACUCACUCGUCAGCCGUCACCGUCUUCAUCGAGGAGCUCGGAGAGAAACACCUGGUUCCUCUGACCGAUCUCAAACCAGUGAAUCCAGUUCCAGCCUGGAACGUUGCUCCGCCCACCAGGAAAGGAGACCUGGACCCGGACUCUCGGGGUCAGCGUCAUCACCGCCAUCGGUACUUCAGGAAGUCCCGGGGCAGUAGUGGGAUGAAGGGGGCGGAGCUUCUGAUGCCCCCUCCUUCCUCAUAUGGAGGCCCCGCCCCCUCCGCCCUGCCCCCCCGCUUCCAGCCAGCGGGCCAUCCUCGCCCCCCUCCUCCCCCGUCACCCGGAGCGAUGACCUACGACCCCUACGCCCCCCCGCACCACCACCACCCCACAGCCAGACCUCGCUACGGAGCCUCCAGAAGCUCCACCCGCUUCCUGAACCGCCAUCUGAUUGGUCCACAGCUGACCUAUUACCACCCUGGCAGACGGUAUUACCACGACUACGAGAACUAUGCCUUCAGGUCCCGUCGCAGCAGGAGGCAGCUAGCAGCAGCUCUGAAUAAGGAAUGUCAGUUCGGGUUUUCGGAGGCUGGAGACGAGUCAGCUGAUCUGGACGCUGCCAUCGCGUACUACCAGCUGGACGGAGCCAACGACGCCGUGUUCCCGCCACUGCCGGGUCCAGGUGUGGCUCCGCCCCCCACCAUGGGAGCCCCCCCCCCUCCAGCUGGCUCCUCCUACAGAGUCCAGAGAGGCUCAGGGCCCCUCCCCCCCGCACCUCCGCCUGGAAACACCCCCGUGUGUUCCUCCGAGGACGACCAGGAGGACACGAGUACUGUGGAGGACCAGGCUGAUUACACAGACGACUACAUCUACAGCGCUCAGGAUGAGAGCUACCAGACGUCAGGUGUCUACACCACAUCUGAGCCCUCCACCAACCAGGACGAACAGGAAGGAGGAAACACUGAGUCCCCACCAAGAGACUACAACUACACACAGCAGGUAGUGAAGCCGUUGAACGUCAUCUGUUCUUCACCUUCCUCUUCCUCCUCUUCACCCUCCUCAUCAUCAUCUCGUGUACCUGCAGCUGCUCAUCUGCAGCCAGCUGCUCACACACAACCCCGCUCAGUUGCCAUGGCGAUGCCUUCUGUCUCUCCCUGGUUGGUUAAUGAGCUGGGUGAACCUGUCUGCACCGUGGUGGCUCCGCCCCCCUACUCCUACGACCCCAACGGCAGCGACUUACCCCGAGACUGCAGAGUCCUCCAGUAUUACUUCAACCUGGGAGUUCAGUGGUACCAUCAGAGCUGCUGGCAGCAGCAGCAGACGUACCCCCCCACCUCCCAGGAGGCCACCUACCCCUACCAGCACUACCCCCCUUACCUGAGCCAGGACCCCCCCCUGCACGCUGCCCCCCCUUCCUACCACGAUGCAGGUCGAAGCCCCCAUCAGGCCCCCUCCUCCUACCCAGACUCCUCCAGGGUCGGAGACGGACAGACGGAUGGACACGGCAGCUGCCCCGCCCCCUCAAUGGAAGGCCCCUCCUCCGUCAGCCCCGCCCCUCCAGCCCCCCCCUCGUCAAUGAUGUACCAAGACCAGGCGCCCCUCCCCCCUCCCCCACUGCUGCACCUGCCGUAUGAAGCUCCACCUCCGACUGCCUACCUGUCCUCCCCCCCUCCUCUUCCUCACCCCCACGCUGCCCACCUCCCCCACCACUCCUCCUACCACCCCUGUCUGCCCCCCUCCACCCACUGGGGGGCCCUCCAGACCGGAGGCCAUGCUUCACGUGUGUACUGCCCCGCCCCCAACCCCACCCACAUGGUCGGUUACAUCACAGCCCCGCCCCCCCACCAUGCCGCCACACACUACAUCCCCCCCGCCAUCUAA